AUGACGGUGACGCUUACCACGCUCAUUAGCUUUCGUACCAGACAAGCUCUUGGGCGCUUCUGGGAAGGCACCGGCUUGAUGCACCAAAUGCGAGGUGAAUGGUUCGACUCCGUUAGCUGCCUUCUUUCCUUUUCGAGGCACGCUCUGUCUACGAAACCUGAGGAGGUCAGUCAGUUCCGACAGACGUUGGUGAGACUGACGUCGCUGAUGCAUGGAUCGGCACUGGACGAGAUCAGCGGCAGCACUGAUGACAGCUACCAGACCAUUGACGUCAUGUCGCUGGACUCCGCGACGCUGCGCUUCCUGCGUGAUUGCAAGCUGAAGUACGAUUGGAACAAGGUUUGUGCCCUGCAGCACAUGAUCCAGGUUCUCAUUACGCACAAUCUGCGCAUAGGUGUUUUGGACAUCCCGCCGCCGAUCCUCUCUCGUGUCUAUCAGACUCUGUCGCGAGGUUUCGUGAAUCUCUUGAACGCCGUGAAGAUCAAGGAUACGAACUUCCCCUUUCCAUGGGCCCAGAUGAUCAUGAUCCUUCUCGCAGUGCACUCUGUCUUCACCCCUUGUGUGGUGACAUCCUUCAUGACGAGCUACCAGUGGGCAAUACCCGUCAGCUUCGUUCCGGUGUUUGGCAUGUUCGCUCUGAAUCAGGUGGCUGCCCAGCUCGAGAUGCCAUUUGGCCAGGACGACAACGACCUUCCCCUGGAGCACUUUCAGAAGGAAAUGAAUCAAAGCUUGCUCCAGCUGAUGCACGAGAUGUCAGAUCAUCUUCCCACCACAAAGCCCAGUGCCAAGACACACGUGGACGAGCUGAGGUGCUUCGUGGACGGUGGCCACAACGAUUGCUGUCCCGUAACGAUGGCGCUGAGCGACAGCAAGGUUUUCGAGACAUUGGCGCUGGACACGGAGGAGGAUGAACCAGAGGCAGCAGUCCUCUUUCCACCGGAGGCAAAGCUAGAAGAGGCUCAGGCGGCGUUGCCAACACCCGAGGAUAUGGGCGAGAUCAAGGAUGACAAUCCAUCGCGCAAGCUCGUUGAGGAAAAGGCCGCAGACAAGUUAGACGACAAGCUCCAAUUCCAAGCGACGGAGAUGGAGGCACCGCUGCCAAGCUCUGUGCGACCACAUUGCAUUUGUAGUGCAAAACUUAAGCUUGCGCUUGUUGUAGUGACAGUCGUAAACGUGGAUGGUGGGGUGGGUUGCUGCAUGGACCUAGUGGUCGUCUCUGAGACUCGCGGGUGGGGUUUCGCCAUUGGCGGCCCACUCGUGGUCCUAGAGGACACUGGGUGCUUGUGGCGCCUCUCCCUGGCCUUUGCGCAUUUGGGCACCUAUUCCUUGAGGGCCCCGCGCUUAACCAUGGAUCCGACGGAGACGGAGCUGAACGCCAUCACGGACCUGGCCGGCGUCUUCACAUGGGCCGGCGUGACCGGGUUCUUGGAACAAUCCCUCAGGCCGGCUUGGGACACGAUGGCCGCCUCCCUUCAGGUUCCGGGUUCCGUGGAUGCUGAAGGAAAUCCCGGGCCCCUCCGUGACCUCACCUUGGUGGAGCAGGCCCGAAUCGAGUCAACCAGGAGAGUGGCUCUUCUGAGGAUGGGUAUCCCGCCAGACUCUAUGGGAACGCCUGGGCCCGUAGCGCCCGCACCUGUGGCAGGACCGGGUGCAUCCGCACCGAGUGGACAAGCAGGCGCCGGCAGCCGUCGCCUCAAACUGUCGGCGGUUCUGGACCCCACCCUCGACGCCGAUGUGGUCUCCCUCGGCAACCUCGAAAUUCAGAAGCUCUAUGCCGACUACAAGGCAAAGUUCGGGGACCAUCCGAGUGCGGAGGCGGACCCUUCGGCAGACCAGCUGGCGUCCCUCAAGCAAGUGGUGGCUGCAGGGUCGGUUCCCUAUGCGGACUUCUCCUUGUUCGGCCCUCACGGCUUGCGCCUGCUUCGCAAACAAACGUUCACCAGCUACACCUUGAACGUGGCGACGGGCGAGUGGUCCAAGAAGGAGCAGCCGGGCCCAUCCUCGUACCACUCGUGGGUGAAAGCCUGGAAGGUCUACCGGACGGCCCUUUUGCUCCUGGAGACGGUGGACGCUGAGAGGCUGGACGCCUACGUGGAUCAUGUGAGGAGUUUUGUCACCCAGUUUGGGGACAGCGCCUGGUGGCUUGUGUAUCGUGCAGAGAACCGGUUGAGGUGCGAGCACAUGGAACGGCUCAGGAGAACAUUGCAUGACAAGCCGGCGCAUGGCUACACAGCCGCCCGGCCAUGGAACGCAGUGUUCGCAGCAGCCAUCCGCGACGGGGACUAUUGGACCCGAGAGCUGGUCACUCCUGCCACCCUCUGGCUGUCGCAGCGCCCGGGGCGAGCAGCAAGCCCCAACCGUGGAGGAGGAGGCCAGCCGAGCACGGGCCGCAGAGCGGAGGAGGGUGCCGAAGCCGGGUCCCCGAAGAAGAAGGCGAAGAAGAAGCGGUACGAAGGCGAAGACCAGAGUGUCAAGCAAGACGGCGUCUUCGUGAAGAACCGGAUGGCUGCAGUCACCAGUGCAAUCUUUGCCUUGGCCCGCACACGGCGUUGGAUUGCACCCGCAGCUGACCCGAGCCAGCUUCAGCUGAACCGGGGCCCGCAGCCGGUACCUCCCGUGGAAAGCACCUACCCUGACUACGAGCCCUGGGUGCUGGUGCUCUUCAGCGGCCGCCGUCGAAAGGGGGACCUCCCGAACUGGCUGGCACACUACGGCCUCAUGGUUUGUUGCCUUGACCUCGUCUGCGACACCCCCUGCAACGUGUUGGACGAGGCGAAGUGGAGCCAGGUGGAGAAAGACAUCAACGACGGCAACUUCGCGGCUUGCUGGGCCACAACUCCGUGUGGCACCUUCAGCCCACUUCGUGAAGUACGUCCAGGGCCCCGGCCACUCCGUACGGUCGAAGAGAUUGAAGGAGUAGGGGGCUUGUCCCCAAAGGAGAAGGCGCAGCUGAAGGAGGCCAACGUCCUGGUCGAGCGCACCUUCGACGCUCUUUCUUUGAUCUGGGACCACAAGGGGACCUGGGGCCUGGAGAACCCCGUCCAUGGCAGCAACAGGCCCGAGCUGUGGCAGAUGCCACUCAUGCGCCAGCUAGCCCAGCUAGCCGAGCUGGAUCGCACGUCUGAGCUGGUCUUCGACCAGUGCCGGCUUGGCCUCAGCACUAUGAAGCCAACCAAGAUUUUAUUCAGCUCCCACGCCGUCGGCUUCAACGAGCUCCGUGGGCUCAAGUGUGACCAUCCGAAAGGCAGUCACGAGAGCACGGCUGGGAAGCGGACGCGGGACGCUUCGGGCGAGCACUGGGCAUCUCGGGCCCAGGGCGAAUACCCGCCCCACCUCUGCCAGGUCGUCGCCCACACGCUCUUCCAAGGCAUUCGCCAGCGAGCCUUGGAGGCCCUCGUGCCCAAGGAGCCCAGGACAGAAAGAGAGGAGCAGAACAGCCAGGCACUCGGCGGGAUGAGGAACCCGCGCCGCUCUUUGGACAGAGUCCAGGGCGCGCGCCAGGUAGGCCGCGCCCUGCAUAAACUGUUGCGGGGCUGCUUGGCCAAGUGGCCGGGCCUCAAACUGCCGGCCAGGGCCAUUCUUCGGGGGGAGAAGCCGGACGAGCUGAACGACAAGCUCAUUGACAAGGUCAGGGAGGCCGUGCUCACAGUUCUGGGGGCACCGGACGAGGUGCGACAUAGGCACCGAACCGCUCCGGCGCAGACGCCGUUACGCGCAGAGGUGCUGGAAGCAUGGGGCCUCGCCACCUCGGAUCCAGACGCAGCCGCUCUUGCAGGCUGGUUGGACAAGGGGGCGCCGCUCGGCAUCUCCGAACGGAUCGUCUCGAAUGGUGUGUUCCCGGAAGUCAGCCCCAGCGGCACAGUCCCGCGCGCCACCCUGGACCACAGAACCUUGGAAGGAUGGAAGAACUACCCCUCAGCCGAGGAAGAAGCGGAAACCCUCGACGAGCUCCUCAACGACUACACCAAGCGGGGCUUCUGCACGGUGGUGGGCUCCGCAAAAGAAGCUCGUGAGAAGCUGGGCGGCGAGCCAGUCCUCAACAAGCUCGGGGUCCUCGUGAAGGAAAAGACCGACGCCCAAGGCAACAAGGUGAGGAAGGCGAGGGUCAUUUGGGACCUCAGGGAGUCGAUGGUGAACCGAGCCUGCCACCAAGGGGAGAGGAUCAUCCUCCCCAGGCUCCUCGACGUCGUGGCCUCCCUCCUUGCGUGCUAUAGGAGGGGCAGAGCUCCCUUCCUCGCGGGCGUGGAUAUCAGGGACGCUUUCAUGAACGUCCCCGCCGGCAGCGACCGACGCUUCACCGCCACCGCCGUGCCUGGCAACCGGAACCGGAAGAGCAAGUACCGGGUCAUCCUCUUCAACGCCCUGGUGUUUGGGUCGGCUUCGUCACCAACGAUCUGGGGUCGAAUGGCAGCAUGGCUUGGCCGGUCAACGGCCGCCGUGUCCUUGUCAGACCUCCAGUGCUACGUGGAUGACCCCAUCUACGUUUUGGACGGCCCCCAAGAGGAGCUGGCGGCCUCAGACCUCGCCGUGGUCCUGUUGUGGACGGCGGUCGCGGGCUUCCCCAUCAAGCUCUCCAAGGCCACCGGUGGCAAAGAAAUCGAAUGGGUCGGCGCCCGCAUCUCAUGCAAUGACGCCGAGAAGGCGGUGGUCGUGACCCUCCCGCCGAACAAGGUCCAGGCCCUUCUCCGGGACACAGAGAAGUUUCUGAACAAGCCGGUCAUUGGGGCACGGGAGCUCCGUUCCUACGCCGGGGCGCUCUCUUUCGUGGCCGGCCUCGUCCCACACCUCCGGCCCUUUCUGGCUACUUUCUGGGCGGCGCUCUCGAGACAUGAUGUGACUAAUGAGGGCAAACCUUUGAGGAGAACCCGACACCUCAUACAUGUCAAGAGGGUGAGCCCGGCACUUCGCUGGGUAAGGGCCCUGCUGUCGGGGAAGACCACAAUCGAGAGAGUGUUCUACGCAGACCCGCCCCACUCGGACCUGGAGAUCGUCACCGACGCCUCGCCUUGGGGCAUGGGAGCUGUCCGACGCGUGGGGGGCAAACCGACGGGGUACUACUACACUCAUAUCCCCGACACGGUCCUCCACAAGUUCAAGGCAGAGAGGGGCCUGCCCAAGUACAAUACGUUGUGGGAGGGCCUGGCUUUGUUAGCCGCCUUCAGGCUUUGGCUCCCGGCUUUGGCCCAUGGAUCGCUGUUCCGGGCCAGGUCGGACAACCUCGGCUUCCUCAAGGCGCUUUCGAAAGGCAGCGCCAGGUCGGCAGAGCUCAAUGUGCUGGCCCGGGAGUUCGCCUUCGACCAAGCGACCCGCGCCUACCAGAUCAAAGGGCUGGAGCACAUCCCGGGCGUUACGAACAUCCAGGCCGACGCUCUGUCUAGGCAGUUUGCUCCGGAAGCGGAAGACUUCCCGAAGGA